AUGAGCUCUUCACCAGCUGACACUCACUCGUCUGCCCUCCCUGAUACCACCAGCGUUGCUGUUCCCUUCUCACGUGACAGCUUCUUCGAGUGCCCUCGGUGCCACCGACAUUGCAAGAGUCGGACGUGGUUCCUGAAGCACUUGGAGGCGUGCUCCAAGAGCACCAGCUCCUCCAGCACGCAUGGCAACACAGUAUCAGGCGAGGGCAGCGGUGGGUCCCCCGGGGCGGUAGCAUUCGCUACAAAGGUCAACCACCACCACCGUCACCCUUCGCGCAGCUCCGCCACAGAGGACGUCACGGCGCUGCUGCUCGAGUCCGCGACAUCGACAACGUCGUCGUCGACCACUACGUCGUACUCGCACGUGCACAGUCACAAGCCGUCAGGGUUGAUCCACCCGACGGACAGUAGUGGUCGCGAGGCAGCUCCUUCCAACUUGGUAGAGGUAGGGCUCAGCGUCAACACUGGGCUCUCGCGCAGCUCUGCCAUUGGCUUUGGCGGGUACCGCGACGGACGAAGAGAAUCAAAUAAUACGACGCCGACGGUAACCUCGCAGACGUCACCUCACUGGCCCAUUGAUGAACUUCCCAUAGCUAGCUCCGCCUCCGGCGUCGGGACAGGCGCUGGCGGUGGCAUCGUAGCCAACGGGGCGCCCAGGCCAACGAGCCCCUCGCAGAGAAGCUCAUUGUAUGCCGGAUGUCCGCGUGGGCUUAGUGAGGUUGAGAACUACGGCGAGAGCGGCUCUGCUCAGGCAUCAGCGGCGUUUGGCCGCACCUCUGCCCCGGCGGCUGCGCCGGCCUCCUCGUCUUUCUGCACCGCACAAUGUGAUGAGGUAGAGCAGCAUCGGCCGCCAGCACGUCAAGAGAGCUUUCGGCUACAGUCAGACUUCACCUGGACGCAGUACACCCCCAGUACCUCGGAGGCGGAUGGCGACGACGAGGCGCUGGGCGAACACGACAGCUCUAUCCUCGACCACUCCAGCCGGCAGUUGUUGCGGAGCCUUGGCCGCGUGCAAGGGAGCAGCAACCCGACAGCACGCGAGGCUGGCAGCUCGUUCUGCAGCACUGGUGCGGACCGAUUGAUAGCUCCCGGUAGCGCCGACAAGACCCCGGAUAAAUGGGCAUCCGAGCAGCAGCUCAGCGGGAAAAACAGCCACCACAGAAGCACUCCCCCGGGCGCGGCUGGAGGCGUCGGUCGUCACACGGCGACAGGGAUGCUGCAAGGUGCCAGCUUUCCUCUGGAAGGCGAGCAACAAAUGCCGCGGCGUUUCUCGGCAUCCAUCAGUGAGUUCUCUCCCCCAGAGCGCAACGUAAUGGGCACGGCAGAUGGGUGUCAGAGUGUUGGAAGCGGCGCCAACAGCGACCGUAUUCACCGCUCAGCGCGCGACAGCGCGUCCCCUGUAAGCCCCAGCUGCAUGUCCUCAGCCUCGCCAUUGUUUGUGCAGGGGGUGGGCAGUCCCAACUUGCUACAUGCCAACAUGUCGCCUACGAGCACUACCGCCGCUGGCAGCAGCAUGAGCAGACUCAAUGGAAUGAACGCCAGCACGAGUGGUGGCGGCAGUCGUACUCCGCAUCACGGCGAUCGCAGCGGCGCCGUCACCCCUCGCGCCAUCUCCUUCCAGCGCGGGCGCGCCGUCGGCUCCGGCGGCUUCGGCACUGUCUACCAGGCAAUCCUCUCCGAUGGCUCCCUCGCGGCUGUGAAAGAGCUGAAGCUCGAGAACGCCAACUUGAAGGCGAUCGACCGCGAGGUGCGCGCCAUGAGUAGCAUCCCCCCACAUCCGAAUUGCGUCCGCUACCUCGGGUCGCGCUACAGUGCACAUCACUACUACAUCAUAAUGGAGUACAUUAGCGGUGGCAGCAUCAACUCCUUGCGCAAGUCGGUGGGGCGGUUCCGCGAGUCGGUCUUCCAGCGCUAUGCGCACAUGGUGCUUCUCGGCCUUUCGCAUCUUCACACAAACGGCAUCUUGCACCGCGACAUCAAAGGCGCCAACGUGCUGCUUGACGAGAGCGGAUGCGCGAAGAUUGUCGACUUCGGCUGUAGUGGCAACCUGAACCAAGCCACGACAACGCUGAGCGGCGGUGGCACUCCGCUGUGGAUGGCUCCGGAGGUGUGCCGAGGCGAGCUAGCCACGGAGAAGUCCGAUGUCUGGGCCUUUGGUUGCCUGUGCCUGGAGAUGACAAACGACACCGGGGUGCCGUGGAACUUCCCCCCCGGCAUGACCCUGCAGGGUGUUGUGUACGCGUUGGCCUGCGCCAAGUCGCCACCGGCCAUCCCGACCGAUCUCUCUCCCGAGGCGCAGGAUUUCCUGCGGCGCUGCCUGCGGAUCGAUCCAGGGGAGCGAGCCACCGUGGCAGAGCUGUUGCAGCACCCCUUCUUUGACGUGGAUCUGAUGGGGGAUUCAGAAGAGGACGAACUGCUGUCGUCCUACGGGGCGAGCGCGCGACCGUCGGCCGUGAAGCGAGCCGUCCAGCAAGUGAGCUGUAGCAGUGCGCUUGACGCCGCGGCGCACCAGGAGGAGCGGCAGCCGUACCGUGGAGAGGGCGAUGAGGUAGGCGGCGGUGCCAAGGACGUGCAAAUCAGCCCGCCGGUGCAGGGCUUUGCAGGCGUGUCUCUAUCGCCACAAGGGAUGCACAGCAGCGGACAUGGGCCCGCUUCAGACCCCGAUGCCGGUGCUCUUUUACGAUCGCCAAAUUCGCAUUCAAAGAGUGCCUCGGGGCCCCAGCUCGAUCACUACACCCGCAGCGUGAAUAUCGGCUUUAGCUUGCAGGCCGUGAAUGAGGAUGACGACGACGAUGGCGGCGGUGCUGGAAAGGCGGAGGAUAACGUCGGCCCAAGCCAUAACUUCCUCGGAGGAUCGCCACCGGUCAUUCCAGAGAUGGCUGCAUCGACUGAUCGCUGCCACACCACCUCUUUCAAGCCCGCCGGUGUGGGGGAGGACGAAAACGAGUACACGCAGAUGAUCACGGAAAUUAUCACCCAGGCACGCGAGGCGUACACCGACGAGGAGCGCCGCAUGACGGAGCGGCGGCGGAGGCUUAACAUGAUGUACCGGAGCAGCGAUGAGGAUACUUCCCUAACAGCCACCGUAAGCAGCGGCAGCGACACCAGCCACAACGGCGGCGACGGCAGCAGCGACGGCGGCAGCUCUGCUGGGGAGGUGGAGAGAAGCGAGCACGCUGAUAUCGAGAGUGACUUAAGUACUCUCAGCCGCAGCGACGGGGAUGUCGGGGGCAGCAGCCGCUCUGUUGGUGGUCCUCGUCACCACUCGCUCGGGGCUACGUGGCGUGAUGAGUCCGCACGCGCCUCAGUCACCACUGACAACGCAGAGGAGCUGCAGAGCACAGACAGGGAGGUACCGCAGGACGAGCCGGCAUGCGCAGCGCGAACAAAGGAUCCCACAACACCCUCUGCGUCUGCGUCGUCGGCUUGUCGUAGUCGACUCCCCGGGCCCGAAGCACACUCAAGUGCAGCCCUUACGGCGACAUCACCCACCAGCGCACACGUCGGAUCGCGGGACACAUCCCCCUCGCUCUACGCAACCAGUCCUUCUCCGAGUACGCGAGGCUUGGAAGCUGGGCCACAGUUUCAGCGGUUGCCCCAGGGUGUAGUCCUUCCUGCUUCUGUUGCCUCCUCAUACCUGCCACAUCAGGAGCAGCUGCAGCAACAGCAGCGCCCCUGCCCAGUCUUGCCGCCGGCGCGCCAUAGAGAGGUCAUGAGGAAGGAGCACCCACGCGAUGCGAGACGCUCCCGAGGCGGCGCGUGCUGCAGCAAAUCGUCUUACGACGGCAUUGUCGCGAAGGCGGCUGGCGGUGUCGCACGCGCACCGUGCAAGCCUGGAGGACCCGUCGGGGUGGCCACUACGAUUAGGCAGCCGGUUGGCUCCUCUCCCCCCUCGCCGCACACCUCCGCGAGUGCGGAGACCUCGCCCCCCCUUUCCAGCUCUCCCGCUACUUACAACAGCACCAUCUGUGGCGCUGUUCUCAAUGAGCGCACCAGCAGCUCCCGUACCCCGCCGCUUACGGUUGGGGGACCGCAACGCCAGACUCCACCGCAGCCGCUGGCCACGACGACCGCGACUUCAUCUGCACACCCCGACAUCGUUGCCUGUCCGAUUGAGUGGUGUACCGGUGGCUCGAGUAGACUUGACGUCAGCAGCGCCACCUGGCGAACAGGUGCGUCCGGCCAUCUGCCCAAGGAGCUCUCCAUGGCACAGAAGGAGAUGCAGGAGAUGUUGGACUGGGGGACCAGCAGCGAUCGACGUCACGCCUUGUCUUCCUCGUCGCCGGACGUAGGCCGGCGCAGCUCCAAAGCGUUAUCGACAGCCACCAACAGCGCCGUUCGCGGAGGUGAAGGCCAUCACAAUCACCAUCGUCUUCACCAUUUGAGUCAUAGCCAUGGCAGCGAUCUCGGCUCCGAGUGCACCGCCGAAACGGGGUCUCGCUCACACCAUGAAUCGAGGCGGUUGUCGGCGACGGAGGCGGUGAUCGCGGAGCAGCAGCCGGCAAAGCGCAAGUUAUGGGGUCUUGGCAUUUUUCGUAAUCUGAAGAGCAAGUAG